UCCUCCUCCUUGCAUCAAAAAAAAAUUCUCUCCUCCAUCAAAACUCUCCAAAGAUGACAACCGUAGCCGCAACAGGUAUCAACGUCGCGACUCCACGACUGGUUAUUCGACCAGCGGCUCGUGUAUACGCCCCGGUCCGUUUGAAUUACCCGUGGAAAUUCGGUUCGAUGAACCGGAUGGUUAUGUCGGUGAAGGCGACAUCGGAAGGAGGGAUAUCGGAUAAGGUGGAGAAGAGUAUUCAGGAAGCGAAGGAGACUUGCGCUGACGAUCCUGUGAGCGGAGAGUGUGUUGCGGCGUGGGACGAGGUGGAGGAGCUGAGCGCCGCGGCGAGUCACGCUAGGGACAAGAAGAAAGCUGGUGGAUCCGAUCCUCUGGAAGAAUAUUGCAGUGAUAAUCCUGAGACUGAUGAAUGUCGUACUUAUGACAACUGAAAAUGUUUUUGAUGUCUGAAAAUUUAGGUACCGGUCAGAUCAAUUUUUCUAUCUUGUUGCUGUCGUCUGUGUUUGGUUUGGUUCGUAUGGUGCUUUUUUUUUUUGGUUUGUAUGGUUUUUGUAAGUUGUAAUGUGAUAAUGAAUAUGAUGAAUAUUACAACUACAAUACUCAUCAGGUGUUUCAUUAA